AUGUUACACAAUCAAAAUGGUCAGAGUAUGUACAAUCGUCAGUCGUUGCAUCCAGAGAAAGAAUACGGUUACCCCGGUGUUUCUGGUCAGCACGUUUAUGGUGCUUCUAACUCAAAUGUGACAGAUAAUUACCCGCAAGGUCAUCCUAACAGCGGCUUCCAGCCACCACCUAACUACUAUUCUGGAAAUCAGGGACAGACCUUCCAACCACAAUCUCAGCCUCCAUAUUAUUCCGCUCAGUCAAUACAGAGCGUUAAUCAACCACCGUUGCCACCCAUGCCUCCUAUCCCAAACCAUCAGGAUUUUGUUCAACGUCCUCAGCAGCCGCGUCUUCCUCCAAUGCCACCAAUGCCUCCGGGACAUGAGGGAGUUCCACCACCCAGUUAUCGACAACCUCAACCUCCAGGUCCCUUUCCAUUGCCAAAUGGUGCUAACACCCAGAUAAAUACAUUACAUUCUCAACAGGCAUAUCAAAACGGUCCAGUAUCCAGACAACCACAGUUCUCUCAAAGUAUAAAUGCAGACAGAUUACCCAGUCCUAUCGAGGUUAUUGAGAGCAAUCGAGCUCAGUGUACUGGACCUUUUUAUACAGGACAACGAGGUGUUGUGCCUCCUCUAGUCACAACUGACUUUAUAUCACGUGACCAGGGUACAUGUGCACCUUGUUUCAUUCGAUCUUCACUAUACUCUGUUCCGAAUUCAUCAGAUCUCCUUAAAACUGUUGGGAUCCCGUUUUCACUUACAAUAUCUCCAUUUGCAGUACAACAUACAGAAGAUAUGAAUGUUGUGAUAAGCGAUAUGGGUCCACAAGGUCCAGUUCGAUGUGUUCGAUGUAAAGCCUACAUGAAUCCCUUCAUGAAUUUUAUUGACGGUGGUCGAAGGUUCCAAUGUCCACUUUGUAAUGGUUUAACUGAAGUUGCCGCUGAAUAUUUUGCUCAUUUAGAUCAUACUGGACGUCGAGUUGAUGCAGGUCAAAGACCUGAACUAUGUUUAGGCAGUUACGAAUUAUUAGCAACAGCGGAAUAUUGCAAAAACAACCAAUUACCUUUACCUCCGGCCAUCAUAUUUCUACUAGAUGUUUCCCAAUCUGCUAUCCGUUCAGGUUUAGUACAGCUAUUCUGUUCCCAGUUUGUAGAACGUAUUCUACCAAAUUUACCUAGGGAAAAAUUUGCAUCACCAGAUAUGGUUAAUCCAAUUCGAUUAGGAUUUAUUACAUAUGAUCAUCAACUUCACUUCUAUACUGUACCUCGUGAGUCGUCGUCAUCCGCUCAACAAACAUCCGAAUCUACAGAUCAGAACACUUAUAACUCUUAUGGUAAACCUCAAAUGUAUAUUGUAGCGGAUAUUGAAGAUGUGUUUGUGCCUACAGUUGAAGGUUUCUUGAUACCACCUGAUCCUGUUAUCAUUUCUAGUAUUUUAGAAAUGAUACCUACUCAAUUUUGUACAGAGAAUGCUUUAAAUAGACAACCUACAGAUAGUGUAUUAGGCCCAGCUAUCCAAUCUGGAAUGGAAGCUUUACGUGCUGCAAAUCGUUCUGGAAAAUUAUUUGUCAUACAUGCUAAUUUACCGAUUGGUGAAGCACCGGGUAAAUUGAAAAAUCGAGAUGAUCGCCGUCUUAUAGGAACUGAAAAAGAAAAGACUUUACUUCUUCCAGAUAAUGAUUUUUAUGUUGGACUUGGUCAAACAUGCGUAGAAGUUGGUUGCAGUGUAGAUCUUUUUCUUUUCCCUAAUUCAUUUGUUGAUAUUGCUUCUUUAGCCGAAGUGCCCAGAUUGACAUCUGGUCAUUUAUUCAAAUAUAACUGUUUCCAGGCUGACUUACAAGGUCAUCAGUUUAUAGCCGAUCUUCAACGUACUUUGACCAAUCUACAAGCUUUCAACGCUGUUAUGCGUGUUCGAACAAGUACUGGUAUUAGACCUGUUGAAUUCUUUGGUAAUUGUUACCUACCUAAUACAACUGAUAUUGAGUUGGCUAGUGUUAGUUCAGAUAUGGCAAUCACAGCAGAAUUACGUCACGAUGAUAAACUUCAAGAAGGUGACCACGUAUUCAUUCAAGUUGCAUGUCUUUAUACUUCAGUAUCUGGACAACGAAGGCUACGUAUUCAUAAUCUGUCAAUUCCAGUGACAAGUAUGAUACCUGAUGUAUUUCGUCUUGUCGAAUUAGAUGCACAUAUGAAUUGGUUGAGUAAAUAUUCAAUGCGUUCUCUACUUAACCGUACACAUUCACAAGUAAUGGAUGAUUUAACGACAAGAGCUGCUAACACCUUGGCUGCUUAUCGUCGUCAUUGUGCUUGCGGUCCGAAUGAUGUAAAUUCGAAUCCUAGCGAAUUAGUAUUACCACAAAAUAUGAAAGUAUUUCCUUUGUACAUACAAUGUCUUAUGAAAACCGAAGCUUUCAGUCCUGCUGACGGUAUCACGAUUGAUGAUCGUUGUUGGCAAAUAUUUUUGGUCAAUCAAAUGGACGUUAAACAAUCCAAUUGUUAUAUUUAUCCUCAUUUAUAUCCUAUUCAUGAUCUUUCACUGAAUUUCGAAGGUGAUAUCCCUUAUCCUCCAGCUGCUAUACGCUGUUCAUAUGAUCGUUUACAAAUGGAUGCAGCUUAUUUAUUGGAUAAUGGAAUUUAUCUUAUCAUGUGGAUUGGUCCAAAUAUUUCGUCAGAAUGGAUUCAAGCAGUGUUCAAUGUUCAAAAUCUUGAACAUUUUGAAUCAGAAAAAAUCUAUGACUUGUGUAAUUUUGAUAACGAAAUCUCACGUAAUCUGUGUACAUUGCUGAAAAAAGUUCGUAAAAAUCGUUGGCAUUAUUCUCGGUUAUUGGUUGUACGUCCUGGUGAUAAAAGUGAACUAUGGUUUCGACGUUUCAUGGUCGAGGAUCGAUGCAGUGGUAAUUCGAUUUCAUACACAGAAUAUCUAUGUCAUAUUCAUAAAGAAGUAUCCAGUUUACUACAUUGA